AUGCUAGCAUUCAGCACCCAGUGUACAGCACGACUGUGUCACCAAUGUCAGAGGGAUACAGAAUUCUAUUGUAACACUUGUAAAAUUGACCUGUGUCUACGAUGUAAAGAAAAACACGUUAUAAAUCUAGAUACUGGUCACCAUGAUGUUGUAAUUUAUCGUGAAAAAUACGAAAACCUCACAAAACAAGAAACAUGUGAGAAACAUCCAAAUAGCAUCUGUGAAAUGUACUGUCUUUCAUGUGAAAUUCCCGUCUGUGUCCGAUGUGAAGAACACAGAAAAACCACAUCACCAUCUGGUUUAUUCCAGCAUGCAGAACAUAAAUUACUCGACAUUAGAGCAGUCUAUAAAACAAGCCGUAGCCAAACCAGGGGCAUCAUUCAGAGGAUCAGAAGUGAGACCCUCUUGAAUAUAUUUUUUAUUCUAGAGGAAAUGAAAGCUGAUGUCAAAUUAAUCGACAGAAAAAUCCUAAGUUCCCACUCAGAGAUGUUGACAAGAGCACAGGGUCUAAAGAACCAAACUGCUACUGUGAUGUAUGAAGUUAAGAUUCGAAAAGAAAGUUUUAUUCGGAGAUUACCACAACAGAAAUUAAAAAUGGUCAGAUGCCUUGUCAUCAUUGAGGAGUAUGAAUACAGAUUUGAACAGUUAACAAGUAGGCCAGUUGAAUUACUCUUUUUCCUAAAGAAAACUCCAGUUCCAAAGACAGAUGCAAUAUGUAAUUGCACACUGCUCUCCACGAUCGAGGAAAUAAACAUGGAGGAUUUGAAGAUGUCGCUGAGUGAAAUCCCAGUCAAAGAGACGAAGAAAAGACAACUUACAAAAAGACGUCUGUCAAAAAUAAUGUCCUCCCCUGUGUACAACAAAACUGUCACAGUGCCUGCUGCUAGUGGUGUAUAUCACAUUUCCUGUUUAACUUCAGGCCGGGUCUGGAUCAGUGAUUGGAAGAGCAACAAUAUCAUUUUGACAAAUAUAACUGGUGCUAUGCUGUUUCAUCUGACAGAUAGUGUUCAGAAUUCAUUUGCUAAUUUAAGUUACGGAGUACAUACGGUGAAUGUUUCAGGUGAACUUAUUUACAUAGACAGUAAGUUUAAUAUUAGAAAAUUAUCUGCAGAAAACAUAGAAAUGCCAGUAUUGAUAGAGGAAAUAAAACCAUGGAAACCAUACUGUGUAUUCAGCUCUCCUUUGAAUGGAGAUCUGCUAGUUGGGAUACUUAAUACUCAGACAUAUAAAGGUAAGGUAACACGGUAUAGCAACCAAGGGAAGCUUAAACAGACAAUACCAUGCAGCAACAACAGCACAGAACUUUAUCGUGGUCCUUCAUAUAUCACAGAGAAUAAGAAUGGAGAUAUUGCCGUGUCUGAUGUUGGUGCUGUAGUGGUGACAGAUCGUGAAGGAAGAUAUCGUUUCUCCUACAGAGGGCAUCCAACGCAAAAACGACUUACACCACGUGGAAUCUGUACCGACGCGCUGUCACAUAUUCUGAUUUGUGAUGAAUACACCAGCUUGGUACAUAUGAUUGACAAAGAUGGAAACUUUCUGUCACAUAGUAUACUGACACAGCAACUAGAUAUAAUUGCACCAUACUGUCUAAGCUAUGAUGAAAAAUCUCACUUUCUCUGGAUUGGAUCCUUAAAACACAACAGGGUUUCUGUGUAUAAAUGUAAAGAUACACAACUUUCUGACAG